CACGGUUUAAAGUUCGUCAUAUCGAGUUCAACUGAACACAAGGAUAAUCGAUCUUUGAUCAUACAAAACCCCUCGCUUAAUGAUGAUUGGAAAUUCAAGCUGGGGACUACUAAACAAGACCUUUUCAUCCGACGCGGAACAUGCAGCAGCUCAAAGCACCACUGACCAAGAUUGCGUUCCAAGAAAUGGCCAGGCCGAAAAAGCUUGGAAAGCCAUAGCUUACUCCUUGAUUCUCGUGGUUUCCUUCGUCGGGAAUGUCCUGGUUUUAUUAAUCUUCUACAAAAACAGACAGCUGCGAAGGUCACCCAUCAACUUCUUCGUCUUUAACAUGGCCUUUUCCGAUCUAUUUAACCCUUUCACCAUCAUGCCUAUCACAGUCGUUCAGAUAAUCUCAGGAUCUGACUCCUGGAAAGUUUCCAAUCCAUGGCUACUCGGAAAUAUUUUGUGCAAACUUUGCUACUUUCUUCCAGAUGUUUCGUUAAUAGUCUCUAUCCAGACCCUUCUAUUGAUCUCAUUUGACAGGCUCUUAGCUGUAGUCUUUCCGUUUAAAGCCAGUCUCAUCUCCCCAAAGGUAAGAUUGACUGCCAUCUCGUGCACAUGGCUUAUCGCGUCUGCUCUUCAUGCACCUUAUUUUUACACUUUUCAAUUGUUCUCCGACCAAAACGAAGCAUAUUGCAAACAGCUUUGGGAACCUACAAUAGCAGAUCACCUAGAGACACACAAGAAGUUUGUCACAGCAACAUAUAUCAUUUUCUUUUUAGUGCCUUUCUGCCUCUUGGUCUUUGUGUACGGCAUCAUCGCGUGGACUUUAAGUAAUAACAACAAAAGAAGACAAAGGGAAUUAUCUUGCAUACAACGCCAACGGGAUCAGAAGCUCCGUAAAACUAUCCGAAUGUCAGCAGCUAUAAUAAUUGCUUUUUUUAUUUGCACGACCCCACUUUUUGUUUACAUGUUCACCAUGAUUUUUAUUUGGAACUGGACUGACGACCUGCAAGCGUGCUCAUUUCACACGUGGAUUCCAUUCUUUUCUUUCUUUAUGGUUCAUGCUUGGAGUGCUGUAAAUCCAUGCAUUUGUUUGAUUUGUAUUAACGUCUAUCGGAGCAGCCUUGUGCGAAUUUUACCAUUUAGCUCCAAUGUCGUCCAUGUAACUGCUACUCGAUAAGUAAUGUUAUGUUCCUGAGAACGCUGAAUCGAGUAAAACAUCUUCGCUAUUUUCUAAGCGUUAAUCCCAACAAAAUUAAUAUCAUACAUUAAAAACCGACAUUAAUAAACAAAAAUAUCAUGGAGUAAAGAUAGAAAAAAUAGAAUAAAGGUAAGAUAAAGGAAAUAGAGAAAAACUUUUGGCAGUUAUCAGAACGUUGAUCCUAACAAAAUUAAGUUUACACUAAAAAAAAAACAGAUAUCCGUAAACGAAAAUAUAAACAACCGAAAGAAUAGACUCAAUUUGCUGUUAAACAUCAUUAACAUACGAAGAACUCAACAACGACCAGUUGUAUUUGAGUAGAAUACAAAGAGCUAUCUUUUCAAUAACAGUGUACACGACAUCUUAUCGGAGAUAAAGUGGAAAUCUUUACGUUCUUAA